GCAAGUUCAAGACCUGUCUUGCGUAUCGCAAAAACAGGUGCUUUUUCCAUUGUCUUGCAGCUAGGCGGCAUCAUGAAUUUACCGUCCCGCCUGCUGAGUUGCACACUGACUUGAAGUGGAUGGAUUGACAAAAGUAGCGCGGCAAGCCCCCCUGUUGACCAACCAACAUGUUUCCUCCAUAGAUCACUGACCGGCGCAGUGCGGAUCGCAUGAACGUACCAACACCUCAUGCAUGUUUGGCAGGUGAGGCAGAGUCUUGCUGAUCCUUGUCCUGCCGUCGGCGAUGGACGCGGCGAUUCUGUCACUGAAUGGCCAGAGCUGUUUUUCUGCCGACUGGGGUUGGUGCUGGAUUGCCCGGGGUAUGACGACAACCAGCUCCGCUUCACGGCCCGCGAGGCGGCGCAGCGGGUGGCCAUGGGCGUGGCGGGCGCUGGGGCCACCCAGCUCAAGUUCCUGGUCUUCGACAGCGUGGCGAACGAUCUGAUGCGCCUCAGACCCACCUUGGCAGAGCUUCAAGCCAGCUUCGGGAGUUGCAUCAUGGACUCAGUGGUGGUGGUGGCAUCCAAGAUGAACGAGAAGCCUGGCGAGACGGGAGAGAAGAAGCUGCGGGGCAUGAAGCAGGUGAUGGCGGAGCAGGGUCUCUCAGAGCUGGUGCCGUGGUACGGCCCCGCGCUCAACGAGAGCUCCUUGAGCCAGCUGCAGGAGGCCCUUGGCCGCGUGCCCAGCGUCAGCAUCGCCGAGCUGGACGGGCUUUGGGCGCGCCAGCAGCGGCGUGCGGCGGAGUUGCACGGUGCGCAGGUGCCACAUGUGGAGCAUGUGAGUUUCGAGGUCGAGCAGAACCGCACAGAGGAACGACAGGUCCAUGAGCCCUACAAUCACACGUGGCCGGAAAUAGUGAGUGAGACUGAAUGGUUUCAGCGCCAGAAGUGCGAGACCAAACAAGUUGCUCAGCAAGUCAAGCUCAACAAAUGCCGAGUUGUUGACACUGAGACUGGACAGACAGUAGGAUGAGGGUGAAUUGAUCACCCGAGCAAAGCUUCCACAGUGCAAGCAACCUACAAUCUACGGCAAUGUUCUGGUUGAUGAGGG